GGUUGUGAAUCGUUGAUGUAGAAUAAAUAUCUACCUCCGAUUUUAGUUUACAUUUACAAUGCCAACACAACAUAUUGCUCUGGCAUUAUUCUUAGUUCUGUUGGCAAUUGGAGUCAUCAUUUUGAUCAGCAUACUAGUUAUUGUCAAAAGACGUAUAGCUCGACGAAAAAGCCGAAUAGGACGUACUACUUAUAAUUCAUGUGGACAUGGUCUACCAAAAGUUUGGAAAUCAAAUAUCGAGAAAAAAAUUAAUGGCACUGUGAAAAUACGCACUGAACCUCAGGUAUUCGGUCCUCAUUAUUCUGAAAAUUACGAUGUCUACACUUCUACUGGUGAAGUAACUUUCCUUUAUCGUGCUAAAACAGUCGAUCAGUUUCUCAUGUUAAAACAAGCCAUACUUUCCUUAGAUUCGACAUUAGAAGCUCCUCCAUUAAGAGAUAUACGUGAUUUCUUAUUGACAGCUCGUCAUAAUGUCAUGAAUCCGCCACCAUCUCGUGAUCACAUUGAAGAAUAUUGUCAACUGUAUUUGUGGGCAAGGCAUGAUUUGAAUGUACGUAAGUUGUCCUUUAUUCUUCUCUCUACUACUACUACUACUGCUACUACUACUACCACUGCUACUCCUACUCCUAUUCUACUCCUCCUCCUCCUCCUACUACUACUCCUACACUCCUACUACCCUACCAGUACUACUACUACUACUAUGUAGUAGUUUAAAAUCAUUGAAAAAUACAUAUUCUACAAAUGUUGGUUUCUCUUUCUAGCCUUUUGGUGAAUCAGAAUAUAAACGGUUUUGUGAAUUGCAAACUAAUUUAUUAGAAAUAGUCAAUCGUACAAAACCAUGGCCUGUCUAUUCAUCAGGUGGAACCAAUACUUUUGGUCAGUCAUCAUCCGAACAGUCAUCAAAGAUACAUAAAAGAAAUCAUUCAAAUUUUAAAAUUAAUUUUCCAUCAUUUCUAUUUAAGGCAACAGAACAUUCAAAACUUCGUGUUGUUCAUUCAAGUGCUUCUGUUACAACAAUAACAACUACAAUACCAUCUUCAUCAUCACCGCUAACAACAACAAUAACUUCAAGUAUUGCAUUAUCAACACCUACAUUGUCAUCACCAUCAACGUCUAUAGUUAAUCAAUCACGUCCAACACGUGUUAAAGUAUUAUCCAGAACUGGACAACCUAGCGGUUUAAAUUUAAAACGUUUAUCUCAUUCAACACAUCGUAAAAAGCAUGAAUUAUUAGUUUCAUCAUCUGAACAUGAAACGCUUACUAAAAACUCACAUUUAAUUCAUCCAAGCCAUGUCUUUACAAAUGAUGUCAUCGGUGAAAUUGAUUCCAGUGUAGAUUUAUUAAAUAAAAUUGAUAGAAUGGAAACAAAAACCGGUAGUUGUUCACAUCGUCGUGAUAGUUGUCAAAGUGAUGGUUCACAAACAGCGUUAAUUGAUUUAGAACCUGUUAUUGUUGUGAAUCCAUCGAAAACAUUAUCACAACCAUCACGACAAAUAAAACUCAGUGAAUCUUAUAUUAUUCAACCGGAUAUAAAAAAUCUAACACGAUUUAACAAAGGUAUGGAAAAUGAGGCUGUAAAUUGUUGAUUAAUUUAUAUUGUAAAUACAUUUUCAAAUGUUACAGUUAUACUUUCUUCUAUACUCUUAUGGAUCAAUAAUAAGUAGUAUAUAUCUGUAUAGUCAGUAUUUAAGUAGUAUAUCUAAUAAUGUGUAAAUAUUUGAUGUUUUAUUUUUUAAUUUUCUGCAAAUCUGUCUCCAUUUAAACAUUUGUAAAUAGUAAAAUUCAUCUUAUUGUUAUUUAUUUUAACCAUUACAAAUUUCAACUUAUUUUUAUGGAAUGUCUCUGAAGUUCUAACUACUACUACUUUUUAAGCUUUGAUUUCAAUCGUUGUGAGAUUAUUUCAGAAUAUAGUUUUCACAUAUUUAAUCACUUCUGUAUACUUGACGCCCAAUUUCUGUCAAACUAUUCAUUUUAAUCUUGACGAUUAUUUGUAUGCAUUAUAUGAUGUAAAUUUCAAGAGUUCUACCUGUAACAAAUACUCAAAUUCAUAGUUGAUUGAUGUUAUAUCUUGAAAAGUUGAUUUUUCUUGAUACUACCGCGUAUAACAGAGCACUAGAACAUCAAAACCCUUCCAAGUCACAGUAAGAAGACAGAAGACUAACGAAAAGAAUAUUAUUCCAAACAGUGUCAAUCAUAGUACAAAAUUGUCAGGUAUUUAUAGUUUUUAGUGAGAACGAAAUCAUCAUUACAGUCUUCCGAUUCGCAUACAGGGGGUUAUUAGCAUUAUCCAAUCGGGAAGCUACACGUUGGAAUUCUAGAAUAUUCUUCCGAAAGGUGAUUGGUUGAGACGUCUUUGGCUCCUUAUGAGCCUCUUACAGCUUCCUCGAGUUCACCGGUGGUCCGUCAUCACACCUCCCCCCUUUAAAGUCCGUUGUGUAAGAUUUUUUUCUUGGAUCCACCUGAAGCUUGGGUGUCACAUUCCUCUUGCGGUCCAUUACUCUCGAGGGUUGUACAGCUUUCUCUCUGCGUCGUUUGUCUUUUCGAUGUUUGCACUCAUGAUGGUUCUUCUGAGAUGAAUCUACGAGCAAUUGAAAUGGGAGACGAUUUUCUGGGACCACUGUGCUAUCAUUUCUUUGCAUUUGAUUUAUGUGUCUUAUGCAUUUUCCGACACCUUUCCGGACUAGGUACAGUACAUUUCCGAUUCGACGUUCUAUGACACCUAGUUCCCACUUUUUAUUACCUUGAUACGAUCUGACAAGUACCUUUUCGCCCACCUGGAAGCUACGAUUGACCUUACGAUCUUCAUUCGUGGGUUUAUUUGUCUCUCUGGGCGGCAACAUACUGUUAAAGACUGUCCGGAUUUUUCUUCCGAACAUACACUCGGCUGGCGACUUUCCUUCUGGUACUGCAGGAUUAGGGGUAACUCUGUAAGACAUCAAGAACUUAUUAAUCACUUGUUCCGGGAUACCCUCACCUCCCCCUUUGACCAGAGCUUUCUUUAACGUAUCUACGAAUCUUUCUGCUUGGCCGUUCGACUGAGGAUGGUACGGAGGAGAUUGUAGGUGCAAUAUACCAUUUUCACUGCAAAAGCGUUUGAAAACAGAUGACAUAAACUGAGUACCGUUGUCGGUCACUAAUAUCUCUGGAACCCCAAAACUAGCAAACAAUCCUGACAAUCUUCUUAUUGUACUCUCCGAUGUCAUUUUCGGCAUGUCAUGUACUUCUGGAUCGAUCGAUAAUAACGCUGCUUAUCAUAACCUGCAGUCCACACGUUACAACAGUUGGAGAUGGGGUAGAGAAAAUGUUGAACCCUGUAAUUGGACGAGAUUCAGGCUAUUUAUUUUGGCCAAUCAGCAUUCAGAUUUAUCGUCGGUGUUUUUGGAAGUCAUUGGUUGUUAAUUGAUCACAGUAUUUCUCAUUACCCUGCUGAUUCAGAAAAUGACUAUCCUUCCCGAUCAAUUGCAACUACUACUUGAUCGCCAACAGCAGCGUUUCAGAGAGAGCCAUUUGAGUGUCUUGGACAAUUUACUCACGCGACUGCUAAAUCUCCCAUGUUUCGGAGAUGUGAAAGAAAUUGAUGAAUUAAUUUCUCACUUGCAUACUGAACUCGAAAAUGACUGCAGGACGUAUGAAUAUGAAAACAAAAGCCUCUAUGAAUCCCUGAUGAUCAGUAAUGCAAACGAGGCAGUCGCUCAUGAUCCGUCCAGCGAUCCAGAAAUGUCCAAUUCAGAAGCAUGCCCUGUCGUGGGUUCAAAUCCCACUGUGCCCGAAACAUGUACAGACAGUGAGGCAUCCAGCUCACAAGAAGAACGCCUCGUGCCAGAAAAUGUGUCCCAUGCAUCAAAUAAUGGUCAGAAAUCUAAUACAAAUUUCAAAGAUGCUGUUUAUUUUAGUGAUCUAUUAUCCACUGAUGGAAUUUUGAAGAGGUCUGGUGAAUAUGUUCCACAAGAAUCAAACCUUAAUGACCUCAUAUCUAGUGUCGCUGAUACUCAUCAUCUAGUCAGUUCUAGUGGACCCUCUACCCAAUGCGGGAAAUAUGCUUUAAAUAGAAUCAGACUAACUGUUACUUGGGUAUAUGAGGACCCAACAUUAUUUCGCGGGGGAGGACGGACGCAGAAAAUUUUAAAAAUCCGGAUAUCAACUCCGGAUCUUCAAAAAAGGGGUGUUAGGGAUGCUGGGGAAUAUACCAAUCAUUAUCAUGUUAAGUCUAAUGAUGUCCUUGGACUCUAAAUGGGCAUUCCCUAUUGGCCAUUAUUUAUUUCACUCGUUAAAUAUUGUACAGAUGUUGUUUUCUAUUUUUAUGGUACGAUGUGGUCUGUUUGGUUGGUAUAUAAACAGAGUAUGUUUGAAAUAUAACGAUUCAUAUCUC